GGGGGGCGAGUGAGGGCUGAAGAGACAGAAUGGAUGUGCAACGAGGAACGGUGCGAGCGAGAGAGGAGCAGUGAGCAUGUGUACGCUCAGAGUCAGCAGCAAGGACACAGAAAGUCUAUAAGCGCACAUCAACAAGAAAGAGCGUUGAGAGGCAGCGCUGACCACCGGCAACUCCGAAGAGUGACACAGAACAAGAGCAAAAGGGAACAAGAAGAGGAAGAGAGAAGGGACUGAAGACAGACUACCAGCCUUCCACUGGUAAAAGAAGACACCACUGAGGGACUGUAGCAUCCGUCCCCCCCAACCCCAAAGCAGCACAGAGGAGCACUGUCUCAUCUCGUGCAUGUGUUUGUGACUGCCAACUUCAAUUUCACACUCGCCCACUGUUUUUCAUAGGUUUUGCCCCCCCCCCCCCCAUCCCCGUCCACACCCCAGUCAUGAUCUCCUGGGUCCUUCUUCUCCUGUGGAUCUCCGGACAUGGAGUGGAAACCAUGUUCUCCCAGCAGCCACAGGACCUGGUGGUGGUGGCGGGCCAGCCGGUGACAUUACCAUGCACCAUCCCCGGUUAUCACGGAGUAGUGCUGUGGAUCAAAGAUGGCCUGGCACUGGGAGUUGGCAGGGACCUCUCUGGCUACCCCCGUUACACAGUGAUUGGAGACCACGGUUCAGGGGAGCAUCAUCUGCGAAUCCAGCGCGUUGAGCUGAUGGAUGACGCUGUGUUUGAGUGCCAGGCCGUCCAGGCUGCCAUGAGGUCCCGCCCCGCCCGCCUCACUGUUCUGGUCCCCCCUGAAGACCCGGUUAUCAGCGGAGGGCCGGUGGUGAGCCUAAGAGCUGGUGACCCUUUAAAUCUGACCUGCCAUGCAGCCGAUGCCAAACCGGCCGCUUCAAUCAUCUGGAUCCGCAAUGGAGAGGUCCUUAAUGGGGCCAUGUACUCCAAGGUAAGCAUAGAGACCUUGCUCCGAGAUGGCAGGAGGGAAAGUACCGUGAGCACCCUCUACCUAUCGCCUUCCAACAUCGAGACGGGUCAGCAGAUUAUCUGUAAGGCCUCCAACAAGGCAGUCCCUAAUGGCAAGGAGACCAGUGUCACAAUUGACAUUCAGCAUCUCCCACUUGUCAAUCUGUCAGUGGAGCCUCAACCUGUUCUAGAAGGCAACCUGGUGAAAUUCCACUGCUCUGCGAAAGCCAACCCUCCGGUCACACUUUACAGGUGGGCCAAAGGAGGAAGUAUAAUCAAGGAGGUCUCUGGCGACACAUAUGAAGUUAUUGUCGACCACUCGUUCUUUACCGAACCUGUCUCCUGCGAGGUUACCAACCCUCUUGGCAGCACUAACAUCAGCCGCAAUGUUGAUGUGUACUUUGGUCCUCGUAUGGCAGCGGAGCCUCAGUCCUUACAAGUGGACCUUGGAUCUGAUGCUGUGUUCAACUGCGCCUGGACAGGAAAUCCAUCUCUAACCAUAGUGUGGAUGAAGAGGGGCUCUGGAGUGGUACUGAGCAACGAGAACCUCCUGACACUGAAAUCGGUGAGACAGGAGGAUGCUGGGAAAUACGUUUGCCGCGCUGUGGUCCCACGGGUAGGGGCAGGGGAGAAGGAGGUUUCACUCACAGUCAACGGGCCACCAACUAUCUCCAGUACACAGACUCAGCAGGCGCUGCACGGAGAAAAAGGACAAAUCAAGUGUUUCAUUCGAAGUACGCCUCCACCAGACCGCAUUGCCUGGUCAUGGAAGGAGACUGUGUUGGAGUCUGGAACAUCUGGGCGCUACACUGUGGAGACCGUCAGCACAGAAGAAGGAGUAAUCUCCACGCUAACCAUGAGUAAUAUUGUCCCGGCCGACUUCCAGACCAUCUACAACUGCACGGCGUGGAACAGCUUUGGCUCUGACACCGAGAUCAUUCGCCUUAAGGAACAAGGUGGGAGCCAAGAAUCCCUCCCAGUGGCUGUGAUCAUCGGCAUUGCUGUGGGAGCUUUUGUGGCCUUCAUUGUUCUCAUGGGAACCAUCGGUGCAUUUUGUUGCACCCGCUCCCAGAGAAAGGAAGCGCACCUGGUUAUGCCCUCACUGCCCGUCUCCAUCUGUGCUCACCAGAGAGAACUUGCAAGCAAAAUUAAGACAGAAAAUCUAAAAGGAGUCGUGUCUGCCAAAAAUGACAUACGGGUGGAGAUUGUACACAAAGACCAUAAUGCAGCAAGGGAAAACGAAGAACACACCUCUAUGAAACAGCUGAUGGUGAGUGUAGAGCGAGGAGAGUUCCAGCAGGAAUCUGUUCUGAAGCAGCUGGAGGUAUUACAAGAAGAAGAGAAGGAGUAUCAGCAUAUUAAGGACCCCACAAAUGGUUAUUACAGCGUCAAUACCUUCAAAGAACACCACACGCCUACCAUGGCAGGAAACCAGUCCACUGAGGUGAGGAACCCCACUAGUACAGGUACCCUGGGAAAGCAGCGGGUACCAACAGGCAUGUCCUUCACCAACAUCUACUCCACCCUGGGAGCGGGUCCCAAUCGUCUGUAUGAUUACAGCCAACGCUUCGUACUGGGCAUGGGCAGCAGCUCCAUCGAGUUGUGUGAGCGCGAGUUCCAGCGCGGCUCGCUCAGCGACUCCAGCUCUUUUAUCGAUACGCAGUGUGACAGCAGCGUCAGCAGCUACAGUAAGCCGGAUGGCUACGUGCAGUUUGACAAAGACAGCAAAGCAUCGGCCUCCUCUUCCUCUCACUAUUCGCAGUCUUCAUCGCAGAACUCAGACCUUACCCGGCCCUUGCAGAAGCGCAUGCAGACCCACGUCUGACCACCAGGAAAGAGAGUUGGAGGGAGGUGUUAACAACCAAUCAGGAUUGUUAAACUGUGGGCAAAUCAGCACCUAGAAGCUCCGACGCUAACUGUGUUAUUGUUCUCCUGGAUGCUUUGAGACGCAGGAGUUGGUUGGCUUUAACGCAUCAUCUGACUUCUCAGUGUCCCAAAAUGUGGAUCAUGAAGCCUUAUACUUCCCUCAUGCUUAACUCAUCGGCCACCUCCUUUUUUAAUCCACAAUCAUAAUCGUGCCACAGAGAGGUUACUUACCAACACAGAGAACAGAAGUUUGGAACUUGAGCUUUCGGCAGUGCGGUGGGAUUUCUGGUGGAUCAGAGAGCAGGAAUACCGCAUGGCUUUGUGUGACAAUCUGCUCCCCAGGCACAGACUGUUCUUGCCUUUGGACAGUUGUCAUUCAGAAAAAAACUGAGGUUGUUUUUUUACAACUGUGGAAAAAGCACGAUAAUGAGUCGGAGCCAAUGUCCUGCUGCUGUGUUGUAUUUUGAAGCACAAUAAAUGAAUGUGCACAUGGUUUUAAUUCUCUCCUUCACCAAACCUCCGUUACAUAUCGUACGUUAAGCUUGGCUUGUUGAAACUUGUCUUGUGUGUAGGUGGAAGAAAACUUUCUCCAUGUGCCCACAGAUGUUUUGAACAUUUAAAUGAAUGGCUGUUUUCUCUCCGCAGCAGUAUAUAGGCCACCAAGCUGAGCAGAUAAAAAGGGGCUGAGAUCUCAUUUGAGAUCCCUGAGUCAUUAUUUUACUUUGACACUCUGCGAUAAAAGAAUAUCACUGUACAUAUGUGACUGUAAUUUCUUUUCUAGUAUCUAAUUUCUGCCUCUGAUUUCACUCAUGGAGGACUCUAUGUGAGGCAUGAACGCCUCCUCUUGUGGGCGAAAACCCUAUCUACUUUGCCUUGAGGGUCUGUUUGAACUGUAUCAAUACAAACUUUGACUAAACGAGAUUGAAAUACACUAUCGGUUCUUCUGUUGAUGGCGAGCUGCGUCAUUCACGGUGUUAACGCACCAAGUCCAGCUCCAAGGCAACACUGCAGGAAAGCCCACAAAAGCAACACGUGUUGUACUUGUGAGUUUCUCCUGCCGACGCCACAGAUCAUCGACCAUAUACUUUAGGGUACCUGUUGAAUGAAGUGUAAACAUUAUAUUUUAGCUGAGCUUCUUACUGUGUGGUUAUUUCAUUGCUUUUGUCAAUAUCACUGUUGACACUGGAGAUUAGUGCAUCCUGACUGUAAACCUACCUGUGAUAGUGCUGGUCAUCAAGGGACAUAUGAAGCAAAUCCAGAAAAUGUGUUUAUUUUGCUGACUAAAAGUCAUUUUUUGCUACUGUCGUUAGCUAAUGGUGGCAUACUGAAUCUUUAUAAAUGCAUUGUUUUGUCUUCUUUUUGCUGUAUGUUACAUAUGAAAUUGCAUUUAUUAUUUAAUCACUGAUGCUGCAUUGGUUUUAGUUAGAAACAAACAAUAAUGAUUUAACUACGGCUACACAAACACUCAUUUAAGCAGAGUUUCAAAGCGAGCCUCCUGUGAAGCGUGUUGUAGUUAUGCACUGUGCAUGUUUUGCAAAAGAACACAAAAUAAUAACAAAGGGGAAGUUUUGCUUUUUUUUCACAUCAUAGAACAAUGAGAAUCCAAUUUGUGCACUGUUUGAAUCCAGUAAAAACCAUAAGACUGUCAUCUGAUCUUAAUUUCGGGUUGAACGCUGCCAUAAUCCAAACUGUGUCAGAUUAGAUUUGCACAAAUCUUCUAAAAAACAAGAGAUUAAAACAAAGUUUGGCAUCCUAAUCAUCAGAAUCUCCUCUAGACAUCUUAAAGCAGGCUCAGAUUAAUAAGGGUAACAUUUGAGCAUAGACCAUAUCUGUUAUAGAUGCAGUUACAUCAUGGAAGCAUUACAUCACUUUUGAUUUGCCACCAAAUGCUUUCAAGGUUUUCAGGUCUAUCUCAGACAGAAUUAGCUCAUUUGUUGUUCAGUCAGUACUUGAAAUGGUAAAGAGUGGUUGCUGGAAAAUAACAUUAAAUUACUGUAAACUUGUAUUGUGAUAAUUGGAUGAGAAAGUCAAUGCCACUUCUACGUUGUCAUAUGACAGAGAUUUAAAUAGAAUAUAAUAAAACAUAUUCAAUUAGGCAGGUUUUCAGUGUCUUCGGUAGUAUGGGAGUGAAAUGCACUAAAAUGAGCUCGAAACUAUAAAAUCUGUCUUUUGAAAGACCAUGCGCGGCGUUUCUAACAAAAGGAAGUUGUUGUUGUAAGCACUUUACAUAUGAUUAUAUUGGAGGCAUUUGAAUGAGGUUUUUCACUUGAGUGGCGAUGGUUUGGACUCUAAUUUUACAAAUGGAUUGGCGCCCAUUGUACAGCUUAAGACAAAAAGCUCUGUUUCAACGCUGAUAAUCCAGCUUGGCACUUGGUAGACUGUAUAUAAAUCUCUAAUGCUCUCUUUCUUUGUAUAUAAGUUUUUUUUUUUCCUGGCUUUUCUUUCUUUCUCAGUCAGAUUUUCACUAUACUAGAGCAAAACAAAUCCACGUGGCGUCAGCAUUGUACGAACAGACAAUCAUUCUCUCUUUGUUUCUCUUCCAAAAAAUUUCAUCAACCUAUUCUAGCCAUACUUGUUUCUGACAAAUUACAUGAAAGGCUUAUGUGAGCAGUUUUUAUUUCCUCAUUUCUCAAAGGGGAAACUCAUACUCUGUAAACGGAGCACACAUAGGCUAUAGGAUAAGAGGCUGAGCUUAACUGGUACAGCUUUGAAGUGAGAUUCAGUAAGGGGUUAUUAUACCUUCAGCGCUUCUGAGAGCUACCCAGAUGCCCAGCAAUAUAUUACACUUGACACCAUGAUGACUGCCAAGUAUGUUGGUGCCAUUUUUUUUUUUUCCCAUGCAUUUUGUGGGCCAAUGGCACCAUGAUCUAACAAGUUACAGAUUUCAUUUAUUUUAAUGUUUUCAGAUUAUAUUGUUUUAUAUCUUUGUCUGAAAUUAAAAUAUUAACCCAUAAAGACCCAGUGCUACUUUUG